GUCGCGUUGGACCAUCAGUGUCUAUGCAAGCCCGGCGCUUAAGAGCGACCUCUGUCGACCCACAAAAAUGUUUGGCGCACCCAGUGGGUUGAGGCUGGUGGGGAGAUUUUUCUCAAAGGUCACUGAUGCUGCUCACCUUUUCUCAUCCUCUGAAUUUCCCAACAUCACACGCUGAAUUGGUUUCCAAGUUCAUUAGGAUUGGAUUCUACGCAUUACCAGCAAGAUGAAGAGAAAGGCAGAGACCCAACCCGCCGGCAAGGCAAUCAAUGGCAAAAAGGCAAAGACCAGUCUGCCCACCGAGGAGGCACAAAAGCGGUUCAGAGAUGGAUUGUUCGACAAAAAGGUCUUGGACGAGUACACUACAGAGUAUGCUACAUCCAGCCCUUACAAGCAUGCCGUCAUUCAUGAGCUCGUCAGCGAUAAGUUGCUUCGCUCCGUCAGGGACGAGGUCCAGGCGAAUGUCCAAUUCACUCGCAAAGAAACCGACAUUUACAAGAUCGACCAAUCCGGCGAUCUAGCCAAUUUGGAUGGCUUAGAUGACGAAUCUCUUGCUAAGCUGCCGUCGCUUCUCUCACUCCGCGAUGCCAUCUACUCCGAAACCUUCCGAAAAUACAUUGCAGACAUCACCGGCUGUGGCCCUCUCAGUGGACGCAAAACCGACAUGGCUAUCAAUGUAUAUACCCCCGGAUGCUAUUUACUCUGCCAUGACGACGUCAUUGGCAGCAGACGGGUCAGCUACAUCCUCUACCUUACCGAUCCAGACCAGCCCUGGCAAGCCGAAUGGGGCGGUUCACUGCGGUUGUUUCCCGUGGAAGAGAUUAAAAACAAGGAUGGAGAGGUGGCAAGAACACCACUACCUGAUCCUGUCAAGGUUAUCCCGCCUGCUUGGAACCAGCUCAGCUUCUUCGCGGUGCAGCCUGGCGAGAGUUUCCACGACGUCGAGGAGGUCUACCACGCCAACACAAAGGAGCAAUUGGCUGAAAAUGGUGGCCGUGUUCGCAUGGCUAUCAGUGGAUGGUUCCAUAUCCCCCAACCCGGUGAAGAUGGCUUUGUUCAAGGCGAAGAAGAGAAGAAUGCGAAAAACAGCAGCUUGAUGCAGCUUCAAGGCAACCCUGCCCAGUACGACGCUCCCCAAGCUGUUCCUGUCAAAGUCACACGACCCAAGAAUGCGGAAGAGGCAUUCGAGGAGUCUGAUCUUGAUUACCUGAUCAAGUACAUGACUCCAUCAUAUCUUACACCGGACACUCUCGAACAAAUUUCAGAGCACUUUGAAAACACAUCCAGCAUCUCAUUACCACAAAUCCUGUCCAAGAAGUUUAGCGAACGCCUUGAAAACUACAUUAGAGAGCAAGAAAAGGCUGGUCUUCCAAAGAAUAGCAAGGAGAUUGAAAAAUCAACCCAGUGGAAGGUUGCAAAGCCUCCUCACAAGCAUGCGUACCUCUACCAGAACCCUACCAAGGCUGACGAACUACGAACAUCGCAAGAGGAAUCACCUAUUACUGAGUUGAUUGACAACUUCUUGCCUAGUCGCCCGUUCCGCAACUGGUUGACCAUGGCCACUGGCUGCACUAUUGAGGCUCAUGACAUCAUCGCUCGUCGAUUCCGUCGGGGCAACGACUACACUCUUGCCACUGGGCAUGAAGGAAACGCCCGCCUUGAGCUGAAUCUCGGUAUUACCCCUACCUAUGGAUGGGGAGAUCCUGACGAAGUCGAUGAAACAGCUGAAGAUGAAGAUGAAGACGACGACGACGACGAAGAGCCUGAAGAGGAUCCCAAAGGCAAGGGCAAGGGCAAGGCUAAGGCUAUCCCUAAAGAGAAGCCAGGGAAGAAGAAGAAGUCAGUGUCUGAGUCUGCAGAUAAAGAGGAUGCUGAGGACGUUGGGGGUCAUGAAGUUUACAUGGCUGGUGACGAUGAGGCUGAUGAAGAUGCAGCCGUCUACAAAUCUAGCAACGAUGAGGACAAUAUUCUUUUCCACCAGUCUACAGCAUGGAACAAGCUUACUCUUGUUCUUCGUGAUGCUGGCAUUCUCAAAUUUGUCAAGUACGUCAGCCGAAAGGCACCUGGCGACCGUUGGGAUAUUUCCGGCGUGUAUGACAUUGAGGAUGAAGACAAUGAGGAGGGCGGAGCUUCUCUUGGAAAUGGUGAAUCGAGCAGCCGUGGCGUGUUGGAUGAGUCUGAAGAAGAGGAAUUCAAUGGAUUCUCUGCCUCUGAAGACAGCGAUUCUGAUUAAAGUUGCUUCGUUUAAAAGGGUUGCAAACAUGCCAAGUUGUAUGAAUGGGAUAUAGAAUGCACAUAGAGUCUCAGAUCAGAUAUCGUUUGAUUAAGUAUGCAAACUAAAUAAUGAGAAUAUCACACUUAUCCGCCAGAGUAUAAAUUUUGAGUAAAGUAUGAUGUUAAUGUACAAUAGUAGCAAAAGCUCCCAGCACUUGGGUAGACUGCUAAUGGGUAUCAUAGAUGUCUGUGUGCGUAUUAUAUGCGACACAAAGUUGAGAUAUAGCGGAGAUGGUGGCUCAUGUUGGGCGCAUGUUUUGAUCGACAAAGAGCUCAGAAAGCUCAGUUUGGAGCAGCUCAGUAAGGGAUUGGGCGUCCUGGUUUCUGCCGGAUUGUGUCAGAUAGGUCACAGUGUCACGGCCCAGAUACGUCACCCAGCGCAAGCGGCUCAUGCCCUUGAGACUUGCCAAGCUGACUUUUUCCAUGUCGAGGUUCUGAACAAGUCUUCUGAUCCGCUUCUUAUCUUGAAAGAAUGCAAGAGCGGGUGUAUGAUCGGGUCGAGUAGGGUGAUAAAGGUGCAGGUGGGACAUUUCUAGUACGCAUGGCUGUGAGAGGCGACUAGCCGUCUCUAGAUGUGCAUCAAAGAGCUCCUCUGAAGGCGUGGUCCUGCUGUAGGAUUCUACAGUAGAGAGCCAUGAAACUGAUCGCCAUGGCAGCACUAAGAGUUUUGCCAACAGGGGACUGUUUGCGAGAAGCUGCUCUGCUUGGAGGAUGACAGAUAUGGCAGCAUCGAGGUUGCCAUACUGAGGCUGGCUCUUGACAUGAACCAGCUGUGCAAGAAGGAAUGAAGCCCGUCGCAGACCAAUGUCGUCGUUGCUAUUGGCUGAGGCGCCUUCCAUUGCUUUCGAUACCCAUUCCCAGGCAAUAUGGUCCAUCUGUUCCGCGACCAGAAACGGCGUAAGUGAUCGGACAAAUUGUUGGUUAUCAAGGAAUGCUAGGUCGUUCUCUAGUCCAGAAGCACGUAGCCACCUGACUACUUUAACAGCCACGUCUGAUGGUGAAACAAGUGUUGAUGAUGUUUGGGCGCUCAAGCGAUCCUUUUGUUCAGCCAUCAAACAUCCCGUAGCAGCCUUCAGAUUCAUCAGUCCUCUGGCAACCGCAUGAUCGAAAACUUCCAUGGGGGCUCUUUUUGGAACUGAGAAAGCAGUUGCGGCAAUUGGUGGAAUGAUUUGCGUCUUGUUAUAGCUGAAUAGCGGAUUUGUCAGGAUGGACUUGAGAUGUUGACUUGUGGCGGAAUGUCUGUUGACGGCGGCAGCAUCGGAAGAGGUUUGGGAGAGUGGUUGCUUUGACACAGUUGCCGAUUCGCCGUAUUCUUGGUCGAGUUGGUUUCGGAACGAUGUCUUCAGCCCAUCCAGCAACUUUUGCGACUGCUGUUUGGACAGCCCUGCCGGUUCAUGAUAUCCAGCAAAAAGGCGUCGGAGAGAGCUAACCGGUUUCGUGGUAAACAUGAUGUAGUAGGGCGCGUAGCCAAGGUAUAGGCGCUGCACUUGGCAGGCUCUUCGGAAUUUGGGUUAUUCACAGAUGGAGCGGAGGGCGAAAUGGCAGUCGUGCAGUUAAGAUAUUCAUGAAGACAGUCGAUGGUUGGGUCACCAUUCGACU